CAUUGUUAAGUGUCUGUUGUCCACGGGAGCCGCAAUUGAUGCCGUUGAUGAAUACCCCGGAUCGCAUCAGUUUUCGAUAAACAGCCGGAAAAACCCUAUUGAAGGAGCUAACCCAACGCUUAAAAAUGCACGUGGUCACACGCCAGAAAUGUACUCUAAAAAUGCUGCGAUAAGUCAACUUCUCGACGGGGCUAAAAAGCAGUUUGCAGCUAAAGAGCAAGCCCGCGAACGGGAAGAACGCCAGCGGUAUCCACUGGAGCAACGGCUACGCGAAAAGUUGGUCGGUCAAGAGCAGGCUAUUCGAACCGUUAGCUCAGCUAUCCGUCGCAAGGAGAAUGGUUGGCACGAUGAAGACCACCCCCUUGUUUUUCUCUUCCUUGGUUCUUCGGGCAUCGGGAAGACCGAAAUGGCUAAGCAGGUGGCCGCCUAUUUGCACAAGGAUGUCAGCAAGGCCUUCAUCCGUAUUGACAUGUCUGAGUAUCAGGAAAAGCACGAAUGUCCCAAUGCAGUUGUCCUCUUCGACGAGACUGAGAAGGCGCACCCGGACGUUCUUACCGCACUGUUGCAAGUUUUCGAUGAGGGUCGGUUAACUGACGGCCAAGGCAACACGGUGGAUUGUAAGAAUGCUGUCUUUAUCAUGACUUCGAAUGCGGGAAGUCAGGUGAUUGCGGAGUAUGCUCAGUCUCUUCGCUCAGACAGUGGUAGCGCCGACAGUCGGAUUGAAGUGUCACGUGACUUCAAGGAGAAGGUCAUGCGUCCAAUGCUGCGGAAACACUUCCUACGCGACGAAUUUCUGGGUCGUAUCAACGAAAUUGUCUACUUUCUGCCGUUUUCGACGUCAGAGCUGACACAACUGGUUCAACGCAACAUGGACGCUUGGAAGGAGAAGGUGAGAACUUUGAGUAGGUUCACUUUUGACAUGUUGGAGGAUACCGCCCUUUAG